ACAGUUUCGUUUGUUGUUGUGUGUAGUGUUGUUGCGUUGAUUGAAUUCCGCCAACCCCCUCAAUUUGAAACUGUAAUAAUACCUAAUAUUUUCAUAAUGUUUAAUACGUGCUGUAUUGAAAGUUGUGGUAGUAGACGCAAGGACGUUAAAUUACAUAAGUUUCCAAUAUCAGAGAUAGGACUCCAUAAGUGGUUAAGGUGUAUAAAUAGUGACAAUUUAAAUAGUUUAAGUGUUCAAGAACUUUAUAAGUUGUACGUGUGCCAUAAACACUUUGAGAUGCGAUUCAUUAACUCUGAAACAUCUCGUCUUCAGCGUAAUGCAUAUCCCACGUUGUUUACGGAAGAUGAAAUGACGACUGGGGUUUCAUUAAGAGUAUACGAAGACAGCAGUGAGUAAUUUUUUUAUUCAAUUUUUCAUUCAUUUAUUAAUGAAAUUUUAAUUCUUCCUUAUUGUGGAGAAACCAGACUGCCCGUUCCUGCAACACGACUCGUAUGCACUACUGCGGGUCUGGUGUAGUGGGAAGUGGGCAGAGGUAUAUGAAUUAAUGUAAUUAUAAUUAGUUAAUGAUGUUACUAACAUAGUUUAUAAAUUACUUUACUAACCCAUAUGGAUCAUGGUUCGAAAUAAAUGAUUAUUACAUUUACACAUACAUUAUAAUUUGUAUGUUUUGUUCUUAUGCAUAUCUCACAGAAUAGUUAUAAAUUCAAUUGAAAAUAUUUGAAAGACCAGUUAAUCAAAACAUACAGUAGGUUUUUCCUAACAUAUGAUUUCCUGAUCUCAUCUCUUUUAUUUAUUUAUUUAACAAUUUAUAUACCCACAAAGUAAUGUUAAGUUUCAGCAAAGUAAAAACAAAAACAAUGUUUUGUAAGAACUCCCUAUUUCACUGAAAUUUCUUCCAGCAGGCCAAUACUGGACAAUUCAAAGAGAAGCAGACUUAUUCUGCACUCUUAUAAAAAUUAUCAUUAUUUUAAGAUAUACACAAUAUAAAAUAUAGAUAAUAAGUUACAUAUAUAUAGUUGUUGGGAGCACUAAGCUCGAAGUUGUUGACGAGUAUGUUUACCUGGAACAAAUAGUCCAACUUGGUAGGGCAGCAUUUAGGAAAUUACAGCACAUCUUCUCGUCAGGUACACCUCAAAACUUAAAAACGAGACUGAACAACCAGUGCGUGUUGCCAGUGCUGACCUAUGGAACUGAGAUGUGGUCCUUUACUGCUGGCCGAAUGAGGAAGCUCAAGGUCGCUCAGCGAGCUAUGGAGAGGGCUAUGAUCGGAGUUUCUCUGCGUAAUAAACUUAGAAAUUAGAAUAUCCGCAGUAGAACCAGAGUGACCGACAUAGCCCAACAAAUUAGUAAGCUGAAGUGGCAAUGGGCCGGCCAUAUAGCUCGAAGAACCGAAAAUCGAUGGGGGAAAAAGGUUCUCGAGUGGCGGCCUCGUACAGGCAGAUGAAGUAUAGGGCGUCCCCCCACUAGAUGGAGUGACGACCUGGUAAGAUAUGCAGGAAGUCGAUGGAUGCAUGUGGCUUAGGACCGUGCUUUGUGACAUUCUUUGGGGGAGGCCUAUGCUUAGCAGUGGACUUGUUAAGGGCUGUAAUGAUGGUGAUGAUGGUGACAUACCUAUAUACAUACACAUACAUAUACACACAAGUCUUGCAUUAAAUCAUUGGAACAAUGAUGAAAUAUAGUGCUCUUUAACUUGCCUUUUAAGCACUGACAUUGUUUGAGCCUCGUGAAUUAAAGCAGGAAGAUAAUUCCAUUUGGUUGACUCGACCACGCUCUCUUAGAAUACCAGCGUUAAAUAGCAGCUUAACACUGCUGUGUUUUGUAUGGUGAGUGUAGAGAACCGGAGACCCUUUUUACUGGAAAUGAGGCAUUCCAUAUUAGCCCUCAUGGGUGACAACACAUCUGCAUUUUGAUUCAUAAUUGAGGAUAGAUGUAGAUGUCUAUGGGCUGCAGUAACCACUUACCAUCAGGUGGACUGUGUGCUCGUUUGUUACCCUUAUUCUUUAAAAAAAAACUCAAGUUUGUAUAAUUGUUUCAUUUAAAUAGAAAAAACUCCAUAUUAAUAACUACAAAAACAUUAUUUUCAUUUGAUAGUGUUAAAACAUUUCUUGUUCUUUGUUUAAUAGAUGUUACCUUUAAAUAAUAAAAGAACAAGUCCUAUUAUCAUCGACAGUGAUUAAUAUUUUUGUUAUUAUAGUUCCUUUAAAACCAAUCAGCCAUAGUGGACUUUUUUAUCUUCUUGAAUUUUCCCCUUUUUUUCAAAGGCAAUACUACAGACCAGACAAGCAAUGACAUCUUAUUAAUAAUGUCAUAUUAAACUUGAUUUUUAAAAUGUUUUUUUUUCAGAAUAUGUUGAUCCUUCCAUUGACCACUCUUAUUAUAUCAAAAAUAAUAAACAUGUGGAUCACACCUAUUCUCGAUCAAUGGACAGCAACUCUCAGAUUCACCUGAACAUAUUAGAAGGUGUUCAGAUGCCCAUGAUUCAAUCUACUUCUGAAACUGUUGAAAUGAUGGAGGUUGGCACUCAACAAAUUUUGAGAGAAGAUUCCAUAGUCAAACCAUUGUUAUCUACCCCAAAGAAGAAGCAUAGAAGCCGGUUACUGCCGAAAAUAUCAUCUCUUACUCCAAAUUGUAGAAGGAUGUACAAAGAAUACAGGAAGUCAAGACGACAGCUAGACUUCAGGAAAAGAACACAGAGGGCUCUUAAAUUUUCUAAAGACCAGUCUUUUUUAAAUAUGACUAAAAAUAUGAAUCCAUUGGCUCAAAAAUUAUUUUGGAUGCAAAUUAAACAGGCAAACAAAAAUAUAAAAGGGAGACGAUUUUCAGAUGAAGAGAAAUUAAUUGCUCUAUCCAUUUUAAAGCAAAGUCCGAAAUGUUACAGGUUUUUGCAAAAAAUGUUUAUAUUGCCAUCCAAAACCACUUUAAACAAAGUGGUAGCUAGCCUUGAUGUUACUUCUGGAAUUAAUCUUAAGAUAUUUGAGGCUCUCAAGCUAGAGGUUGAAACUUGGCCUGAGCUUAGGAAAUUUUGCUCGAUUCUUUUUGAUGAGGUUGCAUUAGAGGCAGGGCUCACAUAUGACAAGAAUAGAGACAAAAUACAUGGAUUUGUUGAACUAAAGGAUAGGACCAAUGAAUUUGCAGAUCAUGCAUUGGUUUUUUUAUUGCGUGGAGCAGUUCACAAAUGGCAACAGCCAAUUGCGUACUAUUUCUGCAAAGGUGCCACUUCUGCUAUGCAGAUGAAAGAAAUAAUACAACAAAUUGUCGAAGCUGUGGGAAGCACAGGUCUUCUUCCUGUAGCUCUAUGCUGUGACCAGGGAACGGCAUUCCAAGCAGUCUUGAAAAGCUUUCAAGAAGAGACAAGAAGACACCAAAUACUAUCAGGAGAUAGAACAGAUGAAGCAAUUGAGAUUAGUGGCCAUAAGUUAAAUAUAGUUUUUGACCCUCCUCAUCUCAUAAAGGGCAUAAGGAAUAAUUUUUUGACAAAAAAUAUUAAAUUUGGCGACGAAAUUUCAAAAUGGUCUGACAUAGUUGAUGUCUACAAAAUGGACUGCAAUACCAUUGGAGAUACAAAACUGCUGCCUAAACUAAAUGAUGAGCAUGUUAUGUUGGGGAAGAUAAAAAAAAUGAAGGUUAAAAACUGUGUAAGAGUUUUAAGCCACAAAGUAGCACAAGCUUUGAAUUUUGCUGCAAAUUUUUCUCAUGAUGUUCAUGGAAAUAAGGUGAGCCAAACAUUGAGGAACACUGCAUCCACUAUUCUACUUUUUGAUAACUUAUUCGAUUCAGUAAAUGGGGCAAGCACAAGCCACAAAUACCACAAAGGUAAAAAUUUAAGAAAAGCUGUUACAGCGACAUCAGAACAUCACACAUUUUGGCAAGAUGCUAUAAAAAAAUUAAAUGAAAUGAAAUUUGUAGACCUUCGUGGCAGAGAAUCAUCAGUUCCUUCGAUAAAAAAUUGGAUUGUAACUAUAAAGAGUUUGCAAAGGCUGUGGCAAUUCUUUAAUGAAAAAAAUGUGAAGAUUAUGCGCCCACAUUAUUUCAACACAGAUCCAAUAGAAAAUUUCUUUGGCCAAGUGCGCGCAUAUAACUUUAGGAAUAAUGAUCCAGAUUGCUACACCUUUGCAAACACUUUUAAAACACUUAAUAACUGGAUUUAUAAAGUUCCACAAUCCUACAUUUAACUGCGAGGAUGAUGAAGCAGCUCCUUUGCUAAAAUUAAAAAAUUUAUUCGAAAAAAUAUCAGGGGGUGCAGUCAAAAAGAUUUUAGACACUAGUAAUAUUAAUUUUAAUUGUUGUAGGCCAGAAAAUAUUCAAACAGCUGCUCGUCAAGAAAGACUGAAUGUCUAUUCUCAGGCAUAUACAGCAGGAUGGGUCAUUAGAAAAGUUUUAAAGGAAAUAAAAUAACUGCAGCCUCUGCAAGGCAAAUUUUACAGUGCAAAAUGAAGAAGAAAUUCAUUCAUGGAUUUCAAUAAGGGAAUAUGAGGCAAUAAAGUUAAAAAAAUGACUUAUCCUGCUGAACAUGCAGUGAUAAUGUUCGGCUUAAGUUUUAAGGAGUCAAGUGAAUAUUUGGAGCUAUAUCCGCAAGAAAAUAAUAUUAGUAAAAAUAUUAAAGAAAAAAUUGUAUCCAAAUAUUCAUUUGACUUCUUAUCUUGCCAAGAGCACCCUUCUCUAGAAUAUUUUCUGGGCUUAACAAUCAGACUCGCAGUUUACAACUGGUGUUAUACAGUAAAUAAAAUUUUAAAAUAACUGAUGUCUUGCGUCUAGAAGGAAAGAAUUUGCCGCCAAUGACAAAAAAAGCACUUGUUAAAUUUAAACU